GAAAUAAAUCCACACAUGCGCAGAUAAUCCACGUUGAAAAAAACCCAGGUUACAUUUUUAAAAGGUUUGAGCCAAAUACUGCAGCAAUGGUGCUCGAUAUAGAAUUAUUUCGUGCGGAAAAGGGAGGUGAUCCUGUAAAGAUGAGGGAAAACCAAGCAAAACGUUUCAAAGAUGUAACGUUAGUGGAUAAAGUGGUAGAGGCUGAUCAACUAUGGAGAAAAUUGCGUUUCCAAGCAGAUAAUUGGAACAAGAUUAAAAAUUCCUGUAACAAAACUAUUGGUGAGAAAAUGAAGAAGAAAGAAGCAGUGGGGGAUAAUGAGGAACUCCCAGCAGCUAUCAUAGAUAAUCUCUCUACUCUUACACCGGAAUCUCUUCGGGAGCUCACAGUAAAACAGAUCAAAAAGAUAGCAGGUUUGAUUGAUGCGGAGAUCAAGCGGUGUAAAGAAGAGGAUGUGAAAACUCAAACAGAACGAGAUGAAACUCUGAAAGAAGUUGGAAAUCUUCUACAUGACUCUGUCCCUGUCAGCAAUGAUGAGGAUGAAAACAGAGUAGAAAGAACAUUUGGUGAUUGUGAGUCUGCAAAGAAAUACUCUCAUGUUGAUCUCAUCCAUAUGAUAGAUGGCGUUGAUACAGAUAGAGGGAGUGUGACUGCUGGUGGACGAGGCUACUACUUAAAGGGUGCUGCCGUUAUGCUGGAACAGGCCCUGAUACAGCAUGCCCUGCGUCUGCUUAUGGUGAAGGGCUUCACACCUCUCUAUACACCAUUCUUUAUGAGGAAGGAGGUUAUGCAGGAGGUAGCUCAGCUCAGCCAGUUUGACGAGGAGCUAUAUAAGGUUGUUGGCAAAGGCAGCGAAAAUGUGGAGGAUAAAAGUGUUGAUGAAAAAUAUUUAAUUGCCACAUCUGAGCAGCCAAUCGCAGCAUUCCAUAAAGGGGAGUGGAUCCCCACCCAGGAUCUACCAAUAAAAUAUGCAGGCCUUUCGACAUGUUUUAGACAAGAGGUUGGAUCUCAUGGCCGAGACACCAGGGGUAUUUUCAGGGUACACCAGUUUGAAAAGGUGGAGCAGUUUGUCCUGACAAGCCCCCAUGAUGAUGAAUCUUGGAAAAUGUUUGAUGAAAUGAUAGGAAAUGCUGAAGAAUUCUGUCAAUCAUUAGGAAUACCAUACAGACUUGUGUGCAUUGUAUCAGGUGCAUUGAAUAAUGCUGCAGCUAAGAAACUUGAUCUGGAGGCUUGGUUCCCCAGUGGAACAGGCGCUUUCAGGGAGCUUGUCUCAUGCAGCAACUGCCUUGACUACCAGGCUAGAAGGUUGAAAGUCCGAUAUGGCCAGACCAAGAAAAUGGAAGCUGGGGCCGAGUAUGUUCACAUGCUGAAUGCUACAAUGUGUGCUACAACCAGAGUAAUUUGCGCAAUUCUGGAAAACUUCCAAGUUGAAGAUGGUGUUAUUGUUCCUGAAGCUUUGCGCAUGUACAUGCCACCUAGCAUGAAUGAGAAAAUCCAGUUCACCAAACCAGCACCUAUAGAACAAGAAGAGACCAGGAAGGCAAAGAAACAAAAACAAGGACAAUCCAAAGCCAAAACUAAAGGAGAGGGGGACAGUGUAGAAAAUGCAGUUAAAAAUAUGUCAAUCGAUAAGUAAAGUGGAUUUGCUAAUAGAAAUCAAUUUAAAUUCAAUCAAUAUAUUUAUUAGACUUGAACCCUAGAUCACCUAUAUGGACAACACACUGGAGAUAUCCUUGGUAUAUGUACUAUAAUUCACCAGGACAAACAAUGCAACUAAAAGUUAUGAUAUGCCAAAAAUAAAUCCAGAUGCAAUAUAUGAAUAAGAUGAACCUUGAGGUUUAGAGUUAGUGGAUUUCUGUUGAGCUAGGUCUGAAAUGUUCAAAUAUAGGACCAAAUUUAUAAAAGAAAGUGAGACCAAGUGAGAAACUUCAGAGUGAACUGAAAUCUGUUAAGUGGAACUUGCUGUAAAAUGAACAUUUGUAAGUAGAAAUCACCUAAAUAGAUUUUACUUGACUAUUAUGAUUGAGCAACUGGCUUGCAGAUAUA